CUAUUUUAUUCUGCCCCUCUCAGGUUCAUACAUCUUGCCUGCCCAUCAGUGUGGUAUGAGAGUCUUCCAGUUGAAGAGUGCUUCUCUGGCAGCUGGUGUUCCUAAGCUUGGUUAUCACGUCCAGUCUUCUCACAAGUAUGUGCCCAGGAGAUCUGUGCUGUAUGUACCUGCAGAUGAUAAAAGAAAGAUACAGAAAAUCCCAUCGCUCAAAGUAGAUUGUGCUGUAUUGGACUGUGAAGAUGGUGUGGCUCUGAACAGAAAGAAAGAAGCAAGACAGACAGUUGUGAAAACACUAGAGGAGUUUGAGUUUGGCCAGACUGAAAAGUGCAUUAGGAUCAAUUCGGUGUCCAGUGAUCUUGCAGAACAAGAUCUAGAGGUGCUUCUACAGUCCAGCAUCCUUCCUUCAAGCCUGAUGCUGCCAAAGGUUGAAAGUACAGAAGAAAUAAGAUGGUUUUCAGACAGAUUUUUACAUCACUUAAAAGGUCGAACACUUGUAGAACCAAUGAAUUUAAUCCCUUUUGUGGAAACUGCAAUGGGGUUACUCAAUUUUAAGGCAGUAUGUGAAGAAACACUGAGGAUAGGACCCGAAGUUGGCCUUCAUUUGGAUGCAGUAGUCUUUGGAGGAGAGGAUUUUCGUGCCAGCAUAGGUGCAACAAGCAGUAAGGAAACUCAUGAUAUUCUAUAUGCCAGGCAAAAAAUAGUCGUCACUGCAAAGGCUUUUGGCCUACAAGCUAUAGACCUUGUGUACAUUGAUUUCCAAGAUGACGAUGGGCUCCGUAGGCAAUCCAGAGAAGGUGCCUUAAUGGGUUUCACUGGUAAGCAGGUGAUUCACCCUAACCAAAUUGCUGUUGUUCAGGAGCAGUUCUCUCCCAGCCCUGAAAAAAUAAACUGGGCACAAGAAUUGAUUACUGCUUUUGAAGAGCAUCAGCGUUUAGGAAAGUUACAGCCAAGCUCAAUAUUGCUGAAAAGCCAAAGAAGUUUUACUGUCCAGAACAGUUAGGUGCAUACAAAUGGAAGUGUUUAAGUGCACUUAUACUAAACGGCGCCUUUACUUUCCAUGGGAGUAUGAUCGACAUGCCAUUACUGAAGCAGGCACAGAACAUUGUUACGCUUGCCACAGCCAUCAAGAAAAAAUGAUCUGUUAAAUGAAGCUCUCCCCAUGCGGUCACAGUAGCUAUUUUAAAGAAUGACUAUAAUACUUUGGGGGGAAAAAAUUAAAUACAUCAGACUUAAGCAGAAAUCCAUUUACAUUUCACCGAUCUGUCCUAAUUUUCUCACCAGCCUUUCUAACUUCCAAAACGCCAUAGGAUUUUUAUGUAGGACCGAGCCCGGGUCCUGGGGGCCAGCGGUGAAGUCAGAGUGUUGUGUGACAUCACCAUCAUCCCCGCCAAGACAGUGGGAUGACUUCAUGGAAGGAGCAAAGCCACCGGCUGGGCUGGGAGGAAAUCAGCCUUUUUUAGAAAGAAGUUGGAACAGAAAAACCAGGUCAGAUGCUUCUGGCUGCUCCCGCACUGGAGUCCAGACUCUGCCUGCUUCUUCGAAGAGGUGAAAUCAUUGGUAGGAAACAAAUCACCCCCGGAAUGUACCCGGCCAUUAAAAAACAAUGCCCAA